GCGGAAGUGACGCUGAUGGUUUGAAUUCGGGUUCCCCGGGAUCCUCGACUUCGGUCGCUGAAAGAAUGGAGAGGCCCGAGCCAGACGUACCCCCCAGGAGACCCCGCGGCCACCCGCAGUGCGCCCCCGACGAGCGCGCCAUCUCGGUUGUGUUUCCUGGACUUGUGACCCGGGAGAGCUGUUACCGCUUCACAUGCGAGCUCCUCAAACACAUCCUGCACCAGCGCUUCCAGCUCCCCCUGCCAUACGAGCAGCUCGUGCUAUUCACCAAAAAGCAACCGGCCGGUGACGACGCGGUGCGGAGAUGCGGCCGGGCAGAGGCUACAGACUCCCGGCAGUGCCAGCGCGCCAUGUCUGACCUGGAGGAGUUACUGACGCAGCUGGAAUCCCUGUUCACCCUGACGCCGGUGCCGCGGGUCCUGCUCCUGCUGGGAGGCAGCCCCAUGAACCCCAAGGAGAUGUAUGAGAUAGACAUGGAGGGGGUGCAGGUGGGGAACGGGGAGCAGAGCCUGAGCGCCCGGCCGUGUCUCCGGCAGAUCUUCCGCUCCCUCUUCGUGGCGGACCCCUUCAGCGACCUGCGCUCCACGUCCCUCAUGAGCCUCGUAGUAAUGGUGCUGGCGCACAGGGACUGCGGAACGGACUGGUUUCGCCCAAAGCUCAAUUUCAAGGUGCCGAGCCGGGGGCGCGCGCUGACCGUGCGGCUGUCCUGCAGCGAAGCCCAAACCCUGGCCCCGGGCGGCACGGACUUCGUCUGGUUCCAGGCGCCGCUAACCGUCAAAGGCUUUCAGAACUGAGACUUUUACCUGCUGGUGUGGAGGACUCCACAG